AGUAUUCGAACCAAAGCGAAAACAACUCGUUACCCAAUAAAGUAAAUAUUUUGAUAAUUUAGCAAACGUUUAGCCAGUAAAAAUGCAAUAUUUAAGAAAUAUUUUACUUUAAAAAUAUAAAAUUGACCAUUUUUAAUAAAACCAUUAAAAACUUUUCCGAAAAAGCAACAAGUUCUAUAAACAAAUACAAAAGCGAAAAAAGUACAGUGUUUUUGUUUGCGUACUACUUUCCCAACUAGAGAAGAAGAAGGAAGCAGACGAACGACCAACGAAAACAAAAGCAACAAAAAAAGAGUAGUUGUGUGUACUAAAGAGUUUAUACAACACUAACAAAAAAAUUUACAAAAUAUAAUUCCACCAAAAAAGACGAAAAAAAGCUGUACAAGCUUAAGCGGAGGGAGCUGUAAUAGAAAACGCGUCGACUGUUUGGCAAAUGGUGUUAGAUGAACAGCAAAAUACGCGCAAUUAUUAUUUUAACAAAAUAUUGUAGUUGAAUAAAGUUGAAUUAAAAAGCCUUAAAGUAAACAAGACUGGCUGAAUUGUGGGAGAAAAUGGAUGAGGCCUUGUACUCGGCCACUUAUGUGGACAAUUAUAUUGAUUCAGUGGAGAAUCUACCCGAUGAUGUGCAACGACAUCUAUCGCGUAUACGGGAUAUCGAUGUCCAAUACAGAAACCUCCUGCGUGAUGUGGAUCAUUAUUAUGACCUGUGGAGAUCUUUGCAAAAUUGUGGUGAAUCAAAUUCGGGACGGCGAGCUCGUUCGGUAACACGCAUGCAACAGAGCUUGAUACAGGCUCAGGAAUUGGGCGAUGAGAAAAUGCAGAUUGUAACACAAUUGCAGGAAUUAAUAGAUCAUAAGACACGCCAGCUGGAUACGGAUCAAAAGAAUCUCGAUAUAAAAGAGGAUAAAGAAGACAUGCAAAUGCAAAUCGAUGAGUGUGGAGGUGCGCCCACUUCGCAGAAACAAACGCGCACGCAAAGUCCCUCAAGGGCACUGGAGGGUAGUGCAGGAAAUACCAAUGGUUAUGGAGCCUCUAAUUCUGCCUUAAACUCCACCGCUGGUGGUGGCAAUUCUACACCCAAUUCCGAACGUUCGGGUAAUAGCAAUGCCGGUGGUAAUUCGAAUGGCAAUAGCAAUUUGCCAGGCAAUUUAGAAAAUCAACGUGGCAACAGCAAACGCUCCAGACGCCGUAAUGAUACGGUCUGCAACAUGGAAUUGGGUGGCAAUGAAUCUAAUUCUGCCAAUGAGGGAGGCGGUAGCAAUGGUGGUGAUCGUAAUCUAGCACAAAAAUCCUCUAAUAUGGGUGGUGGUGCUCAGAAAAAGAAUUCGGCACAAAAUCAAGCGGGUUCUUCUGCUGGUUCGAGCAAUAUUGCUGGAGCUGGCUCAAGUUCGGGUAAUGGUGGAGGAGCGAAUGGUGGUGGUGCUGCUGCCAGUUCAAAUGCUGGCAACAAUAAUUCGGGCAAAAAGAAGAAACGUAAGGCGCGUGGUGGCGGCGGUGGAGCUGCAGGAGGUGGUGGUGGUACUAACACUCAGUCAUCGGCGACGGCUCAGGCUACACCGCGUGAAGAUACACCGCCACCGGAUCCAAUCGAUCCCGAUGAACCGACCUAUUGUGUUUGUAAUCAGGUGAGUUAUUCUUCUCUUUUUGAAUGCUCAAUGUUGUGCCCCAUUGAAUGGUUCCACUUCUCUUGUGUAUCAUUGGUUCUAAAACCGAAAGGUAUGGUAUUGCCGAAUUGUCGUGGUGAUCGUCCGAAUGUUAUGAAACCGAAGGCUCAAUUUCUUAAAGAACUCGAACGUUAUAAUAAAGAAAAAGAGGAAAGACGUAAAUAUGAUGAAAAGUUAGCAUAAGAUCUCUCUAACCAAACACACACCAACACAAACACACGUAACCCACAACAACAACAAAAAACUGCUAUGAUUAAAAUUUUCCUUAAACUAAAAAACAAAUUCCUUUAAACUAAAAUACUUAUUUAACAGUAAGGAAAACUGGUUGUUUAUUUGCUUUAUGGCAUUAAAAAUAGAAAGGAUUUUCAUUUUAGUUUAUUUAAUAACAAAAAGAAUUUUGUUUAGUUUUUCUUUCUUAUAUAUGUUUUGUUAUGGCAAGGGAAUAUUUAAAUAUUAAGUUUUAUAAACAUAUUUUUUUUAAUUAAAAAUUACACUUGGCAAUACACACACACCCACAAACACACAGAUUAUUACUUAGCUAUAUAAAAAUGAAUUUGUUUAAAGAAAUAACAAAAAAUUGUUAAAUAUCUCAAGACCAGCAGCUAUUUUAUUAAAUAGAGCACAUAAUUUGUUUGUUUUCUUUUCACUUUUCUUUCUAACAAGGACUCGUUUUAUAUACUUACAUAAUAUGUAAAUUUGAAAACUUAGCUACAAUUUAGUAAAAAAAAAAACAAAUAAAAUAUUUAAAAAAAAUCUAAUUUUCUUUAGCUUACUUAACGUUUAAGAAUAAUAGCUUAAAAACCUGUAGCAAAAACAAUAUUAUUUGUUAAUAAAAAUAUAAAGUAAAGAGUCCUUUACGUUUUCUUCAAAUUGUAUAAUUUCUUUUUAAUACUAUCAUUUUUAAUUUACUUUAAAAGUUUAUUAAUUAACAUUUUUUAUAUUUUAUAAAUACCACAU